AUGGCUUCCCAACACGUGGAGCCGGUGGAAUGUUGUCAACUUAACUGUGCUUUAUUUUCUCCAGAUCUGCUCCCUUCUUCUUUCAGGGAUGAGAUUAUCAGCUUUAAAGAUAUUAUUCAAGGUUUACCAUCUGAUGAUGUUCCUGACAUCUGUUCUCUGCUCUUAGAACUUUUUGCAUGCUCAAGUGAUAAACAAUUACUUCAAGUUGCUAAAAAGAUUGUUGUUGCAUUGAGACAAAAUUGCAAUUUUCAGUCUCCUGCUACAUGCACUUGUAUUAAAAUCCUUACUGGACUUUAUCUACGUUAUCCGAGUCGACAUCCCCUUAAAAGUAUUUUAAGAAGCUUGUUCCAGAAUUUCCCAGAAGAGGAUCAGAAAUGUGUGGCUUCUUACCUGAAUGCUGAUAUUGGUCAUUUGCUUUCUUGGCAAAAAUGUCCACAGAAUGAAAAUGUACACAGACACUUGAGGGCUGUGGUGGAUGCUUUGUUAAGCCUGCUUGAAAAUUUUCCAUUGGGUGAAAAAUGUUUGAAAACAUUCGCUGUUCCAGGACUUUAUUUCUUGUCAAAAAGCCUCCAAGAGUUUUUGAAAACUUUCAGGUUUUUGAAUCUGCCUGUUGUCCAGUGCAAUGAGGCAAUGCAUCAUUGCUUGGCUGCCUGUAAAGCCAUCAAUAAAAUGUUGCAGAAGUUCUCUGACCUCUUCACUGACAUUGUGCAUUCCAAAGAUGAAGAAACACUUUUGUUAUUGGAAGACAUCACACAAUUGGCCUGCCAACUUGUUCAAGAAGAAAGAAUUUUGGUUGAUUGCCAAACUAAUGGUUCUAUGGUUUUGGUAAUCUUGUUGCAGUUAUGGAACAAAGAUGACUUUUCCUUGUUGUUGUCACCCUUGUUUCAGCAAGUGGCACUUGAUAAGGCAAAUUGUCGGUUUCCACUCUGGUUCAAAGAGACAACCCACUCUGGGUUGUUGCUUGCCAAUCUGCCUGCCUCCUCUUCCCUCUCUCUGAUUUUUGCUGUUUUGGCAUUAGCAUCCCCAACAGAACUUGUCCAGCCCACCCAAACAGUUCCACAUAAUUCCAUGUUUCUUUAUGCCAUUUUAGACCAACUGUUCACUACAAUUGCAAGGUAA